ACAGCUACGAGACGAAGAACACACCUCAAACCGAGUCAGGUAGCUGUUCUACAAGAGACAUUUGUCACCAAUACAUUGCCAGACGCUGCGCUACGAUGUCAAUUAGCACAAGAACUGGGCGUAAGCGAAAGAACGGUUCAAAUAUGGUUUCAAAACCGACGAGCAAAGGCUCGGAAGCUGGAAGCUUCAUCACCGGGAGCAGAUCAGCCUCAAAUACUUCCUCAGCAUUAUCAACCCAUCCAAUCUUGCCGCUCUUAUAUGGCAACUCCAGAAUACCAUCAACACGAACCUACAAUCAAACGCAGACCUAGAUCCUGCUCUAAACCCGAGAAACUAAAUGCUUCUACAUUUAUGUUAUCGACACCACCACCGCACAGAGCUAUGUCGGAAGGCAUCAGCCGAGCUGAAACUGCCAAUCAAGAUAAAUGCGGUAUUACGAAAUCAAUUGUUUCAAUCCCUGUCCAUGGCAUACGUAUUGGUACCUGGGCAAGAUUCGCUAGGCAAAUUCUUCAUACUGGCGAAUGGGACUUAAUAUGCUUUAGUGAUCCUUCUCUUCGUCAGUUGAUCUGGCAAGUACAAGACGGUGGACAUCUAUUCAGAAUUGAAGUCUCUUUUGACCAUGUUCAACAAAUUUGUUUGGGUCAAAUACAGCCAGAAAUUGGGCAAUUAGAUAUCGAUAUCAACCCGAACGCAACCAUCUCCUUUUCAAUGCAACGCAGCGGCAUAGACCAUGAUUGGGUCCGAUGUAACGAUUUCACAGAGAAUCAGCAAGCAAGUCAACUUGAUUUAGGGCCUCAUGCUUUACAAGGACCUCAUGAUGCGCUACGACAGUCUUUACUUGAACUGAUUUCUCAAGCACCCGAACUAGCUGGAAAAUUGGUUAUUCUACCGGAUAGUUCAUUAGGCAAUCCAUUAUGUCGCAAUGUGACCAUGUCGCCUUCGGUUACUCCGGAACCAUCUACAUCAAACUAC